AUGCCAGACGCAACAAUUGUUCUACAUCCAACAAUCACGCACCUCGUGAAGUUCUUAGACACUACAGCAGGUAGAGAAAAGGUACUAAGGCUCUUACAAUAUCUAUGUAGGGUCAUCGCAUUAAACCAGAAAUCUCCCCUAGCCAAAGGGUUACAAAUGGAAUUCACUAUGAUUAGGAAGUUGUUACGUUUUCUAAAACCAUUGAACCAUCUACAAUUAGCCUCCAAAUUUCUAGUAAUGACUAGUGGUAAAGAUGAAGAUUUCAUCAUCAAGUAUUGUAAUGUUUUGAAAAACUUGUUUUUCGCCAUCUAUUUAAGUUUGGAUCAAGUUAACCUUUUCAGAUUAUUAAAAUUGAUUCCAGUGACUCCAUUUACUGGCCAAAAAGUUCCUCGUUGGGCUAAUUUUUUCUGGCUUUUUGCCUUGGUUAGCGGGAUUGUUAUGGAUUUGAGGAAAAUUCAAACCACUGAAAUUCAAUUAAGAAAUGAAUUGUUCGCAAAGAAAUCAGAACAAUCAACAACACAAGUGGCAGGAAAGACUGUUCCUUCUCCUUCAUUUGAUAAGACAAAAUUGAAAAUUAUUACCAAGGAGAAAUAUGCAGCUGUUAGAAGAUUGGUAUGGGAUUGUGCUGAUUCAUUUAUUGUAUUGAAUAAUUUGAAUUAUUUGAAAAGUAGAGAUGAUUAUGUAGGUAUGGCUGGUGUUGUCACAUCGUUAUUCGGUCUACAAGAUUUAUGGAAGGCUGCAGUUCCUUCUAAAUGA